CAUGUAUGUGUGUAAAGUUUAAAAUCUGUGUCAAGCAAGUAAAAAACAGUUAAUCCAUUUAAUCUCUAUAUCUAUCCAGUGAUGUCAGGACAACAAACAGAUCAGAGAAAAGUAAUAGAAGCAUUGAUCAAACUUGCUCUGAAGUACUUGACUUCACCGGAAGGAGUAGAAUAUGAGGUAGCCCAGUUACGUAAAGAAGUCUAUGAUCAAAUAUAUAACUAUUUCAUUGAAAAGUGCAGUGAAAUUGUAGAAACAGCAGUAAAUUGUGGGAUUGAAAAAGCAAAAGAGCUUAUGGAUAAAUCAGAAAAUCCGAUUGUGAAAGCUCUUAAAAGAUUUAUAUUUGGUGAUGAUGAAGGUGUCAACAAAAAAAGGCGUCAUAAAAAAGAUGUCAAAAAAGAUGAUACCAAUAAUGAUUGCAAGAUGGUAGCGCAAUGUGUCACAAAAGAAAUUGCAAGGGAGGGAAUGAAAGUGAUGAGUAAACAUGUCUCUAUGGCUGCUGCUUCUGGAACAGCUAACAGUACAACAAAG